CUGUGCCCGGGUCUUAGCGCCGGGCCUCGCAACCUGAGAAAGAACCCAAGGAGAGGCCGGAAGCUCUCGGAAGUCAGGUGCUCCCCGGGCCGCGCGAGUGAUUGGCUUGGAAGGACGUGAAUGAUGCCGCUGUGAUUGCUGAAUUGUCUGGGCAGGAAUGAAGAAUGCUCGCGGCAUUGUAUCCGAAGUGCACCUGCCUGCUUCCAUUGCAAGGAACGCAGGAGAUGCUUUCUUGCAUGCAUUUCGGUGCAGUCCUGUAACGGCCCGGGGGCGCAACUUAAAACAUCGCAUCCAUUGGCAAGUCUGGGUGUCAUCCUUCAUAGGGAUGUAGUGUAGUGGAGAAGGUUAAAAGGCGUUUCAUCCAGUCGUUCAGAUGCAUCCCACGUACUAAAAUUUAUUCCAGAAUUCGAUGUUGGAAUAAUUAUGCAUGGCCUGCUUCCAAAAGAGAAUCUGAAGCCCCUUCGAAAGCAAGCAUCUGACAGUAGAAUCUUGGGUAUUUCGUUUCGGAGGCUGUGUCAAAUUUGUGGAUGGAAACUUGGGAUACUGUGUUUCAUUUUCCCCAAGGAUUUGCAGGUGAUGGGAGAUCAUUGGGAGGGGGGCAUUAAGCUGAGAUUGCAAGUUCUUGAAAAAAUAUGUGAUGAGCUUUCCUUCAUAUAUAAAGAUGGUUUUACUGACUCAUUGCUUAGGUGAUUUUCCAAAAGAGAAAGGAGGCUUCGCUGAUGGGUUGUCUCUCUAAUCAGCGGCCCUGAUAUUACCACUGCUGUCCCCUGGAGAAGGCUGGUCAAGAUUAAGAAGUCAUUCAACAUUCAACAGCCAAUUAUGGUGCCCUGAACUAAGAGGCAGAUACCAUCUUUGGUCCUGGUACAAAAAAAUAUUCAAGGAGGCUAAACCUAUUCAUGGAAAGUCUAUGGCCUUGAUUUCUUCUCCAGGGCAAAAGGUCAGGAAGGGAGCAAGAGAUAUAAAAAAAGGUAACUGAGAGACCCAUGUGUUACUCAUUGAUUAAAUACAUUUGAGUGCUACUCUGUGCCAGGCAGUGUUCUAGAUGCUGAGGUAGAGGGGCGAACCAGACAGACAGCAUCCCUGCUUUUGUGGUAUUUACAUUCUAAUGGGGGACAGAUCAUAAAUAAAUAAGCAAACUAUAGAAAUGAUAAGUGCAAGGAAGAAAAUAAAACAGGGGAAUGUUAUGGUAGAUCAGGAGAGUGAGAGAAAGCCUCUGGGAGGAGGUGAAAUUUGACCUGAAGGAGCUAGCCAAAAGGAAAAGCAUUCCAGGGAGAGGGAACAGCAAGUUCAAAGGCCCUGAGGCAGGUUUGAGGAACAGAAAGGCCAGUGUGGCUGGAGGGGAGUGGUGUUAAAGGGAGAGUGGAGGGAAAUGAGGUUGGAAACAGGUGAGCUACAUCAGGCAGAACCUGGAGGCCAUGAACAGAGCUCAGAUUUUAUUCUGAUUGCAGUGGGAAGCCAUUGGAGAGUCUAAAACAUAUUUUCUGUAUUCCUCAAUCAGGACUCAAAGUUUGACAAUAGGACAAAAUAUGCUAAGAUCAUAACUACCCUCAGGAGUCCUAAAGAGGGAUCAAUGAGUGGCUAACCAGAGAAAUGGAGCAGACAGAAUCAUAUGCUUUAUAGCUACCCAUGAUGCCCCAAGACUUAGUCUCGGAUUCAGGACAUUCUAUGAACCAUUCACGUAAGCGUUGUGUUCCAGGGUUGGGAGUCUCUGGUAAGCUCCUCUGACCCGUGCAGCCCUCCGGAGAGGAGGAGAAGGAGGAGGCCUGCUCUCUCUGGGAUCGACUGGUCACGUGCCCAUCAGGAGCCCUGAAGGCCCACCUCCGCUGUCGUCAACAUGGAGUUCUGAAGUCCAUGUGGCUCUUCACAGUGAGCAAGGUCUUAAGGAAAAUGCAGAGACGCCACAGCAGCAACACGGAUAACAUUCCACCUGAAAGAAAUCGCAGCCAAGCGCUCAGCUCCGAGGCGAGUGUGGAUGAGGGGGGCGUCUUCGAGAGCCUGAAGGCAGAAGCGGCCUCCCCGCCCGCGCUCUUCUCGGGCCUGCCCGGCCUCCCCCCGGGCAGCCUGCCCGCCGCCCCGUUCCCGUCCAGCCUGGUGCUGGGGGCCGCGGCCGGCGGCGGGGACGUGUUCCUCCAGAUGCCGGCGGCCAGGGAGGAGGGCGGCGGCCGGGGCGAGGGCGGCGCCUACCACCACCGCCCCCCGCACCACCACUUCCACCACGCGGGCCCCCGCGGGAGCGCGCUGCUGCAGCACGUGGGCGGCGACCCCCGCGCGCACGCCGACGACGGGGGCGACGAGCAGCCGGGCACGCCCGCCCCCGCCCUGUCCGAGCUGAAGGCCGUGGUCUGCUGGCUGCAGAGAGGGCUGCCCUUCAUCCUGAUCCUGCUGGCCAAAGUGUGCUUCCAGCAUAAGCUCGGCAUCGCUGUGUGCAUCGGGAUGGCCAGCACCUUCGCCUAUGCCAACUCCACGCUCCGAGAACAGGUAUCUCUGAAGGAGAAGAGGUCGGUGCUGGUCAUCUUGUGGAUCUUGGCCUUUCUGGCGGGGAACACCCUGUAUGUGCUCUAUACGUUCAGUUCCCAGCAGCUGUACAACAGCCUCAUAUUCCUGAAGCCCAACCUGGAGACACUGGACUUCUUCGACCUGCUGUGGAUCGUGGGGAUCGCAGACUUUGUGCUGAAGUACAUCACCAUUGCCCUCAAGUGCCUCAUUGUGGCCCUGCCCAAGAUCAUCCUGGCCGUCAAGUCCAAGGGGAAGUUCUAUCUGGUCAUCGAGGAGUUGAGCCAGCUGUUCCGGUCGCUCGUCCCCAUCCAGCUGUGGUAUAAAUACAUCAUGGGCGACGACUCCUCCAACAGCUACUUCCUCGGAGGGGUCCUGGUCAUUCUCUACAGCCUCUGCAAGUCAUUCGACAUCUGUGGCCGUGUGGGCGGAGUUAGGAAGGCCCUGAAGCUUCUCUGCACCUCCCAGAAUUAUGGGGUCCGGGCCACAGGGCAGCAGUGCACAGAAGCUGGCGAUAUCUGUGCCAUCUGCCAGGCCGAGUUCCGGGAGCCUCUGAUCCUUAUGUGCCAGGUCCUAGGACGGAGGCAGGCGCAUAGCGGACGCUCAGUAAAGCAUCCGGGUCGUCCUGAUUGCUGUCCCCCCAGCACGUGUUCUGUGAGGAGUGCCUGUGCCUCUGGCUGGACCGGGAGCGCACCUGCCCGCUCUGCCGCUCGGUGGCCGUGGAUGCCCUGCGCUGCUGGAAGGACGGAGCCACGUCAGCCCACUUCCAGGUGUAUUAGGGCUGACGAUGAGGCUCACCUGGGAGAUGAUGGGGGUCUGCUCUGGGGACUCCCUGGAGAACAGCCUCGAGCAUUUACUCUCUUGCCUCCCGCCUUUCUCCACCUCUUCCCCUAAAGCCGGGCCCCUGCCCCCCAACCUGCGCCUUCCUAUCUCGUUCAGUGCAUAGUGUGUGCAUCCUUCCCCUGCAGACGGGGAAGCCUCUGACUCACACUUGGUCUCCGCCCAGGUAGGUCUCCCACCCCCCUCCGAGUCAAGGAAGCGGUAACAGACAAGUCCCAUCUGUCAGUUAUUUUAACUAGUGGUGGCCUAAUGUUGCACCCCGAUGCUGCAAACUGGGGAGGGGCCUGGAGAUCACACACCCCCCCACCCCUCUCAAAUUGCCCAGGUCUGCAGAUUAGAACCACUGUGAAGUAUUUUCCAAUACAAGUGCUGGGCCCCACCUGAUCCCCACAGUAACUAGUGUACCACACACUUAGUGUGAGCCAGGCACGGCAUCGAGCCUCCUGCUUGGUGACCUCCUGUAGCCCUCACAGCCCUGUGGUGGAGGUACUGCUGUUUCCUCCAUUUUACAGACAAGGAAACUGAGGCACAGAGCUCCAUGUGGUACUUUUCCCAGGAUCCGCUAGCGAGCGAUGGUGGACUGAGUUUCCAGCACAGAGCUCCAUGUGGUACCUUUCCCAGGGUCCCCCAGCGAGCAACGGUGGACCGAGUUUCCAGCCUGGGCUUGGCUGGCUUCAGAGCCCCCACUCCUAACCACCAUGCUGACCCACUGCUCAGCCCAGCAGACAUGGUUUUUUAACAGCACGAGAGGUGAUUUUGAUGCCCAUCAGUGCGCAGGUGCAUAGCAUCUUCGAUUUGGACUGCACUGAGAAUGCUGACUCCUGAAAUCUAGCUGUGGCUGGGCCGUGGAAAGACUUGAUCCAUAAGAUUGCUGUUUUGCUGGGCUCCCGCUGGGAUGCUCCAUCACAUUUGGAUAUCAAGAAAGGCCAGCUUUGGUCCAGACGCAGGUGUCCCUGGGUCUCCCCACUCAUCUUUAUUUCUUUCCUCCUCCUUCUGUUCUUGUCCUCUCCCUCACUUAAGUCGCAGGCUUGUCAACAGCUCCUGGGGACAUCACCUUCCCCCCGGUAGCCUUCAGAGCAAAAGGGACAAUCCAUGUUAUGGAUUUUUCCACAAGCCAGGGUGGUGGCGCAGAGCACAGUAGCCACCAGUGUUUCUAUAAUCUCUAUACCAGAGUUACUAAUCUAUAACAGAACAACUUCUGCCCCCAUGAGACAUGCCUGCUUUGAAAUCUGGGAGGAGAUGGCACGAGUGAUCACUUAGAAGUCACUGGAAUCUUGCCUGCUCUACCCCUGUCCAAGUCUCUUCUUUCAUUGUCAACCUCAGCACAACGGGCUAGCGCCAGCGGCAUUGCAGAGAAAGCAAUCUGUGUGGCUAGUGAGCAGAUUAGCGAGAAAGCGCCAGGAGAAAUGGUGGGAGCCUUGCUGCCACCUCGCUCUCAGCCAAUAUUAACAUGCCCUCCCCAUCCCCAAUAGAUUCAGGACAUUGGCCUUUAUGUGCUAUCAAGCCAGGACCUUUUCCUUUGCCUGACAUCCCUGGCUCUUUCCUGGUACCCAGCAAGACAUCCCUUCCAGGGCAGCGUGGCGUCUGUCAAGCUCUGUUACUAUGGCAAUGGCUGUGCUGUUACAGUCCCACUUGCCUGGAGAAUCAAGUCGAAAGGGGAAGCGGAGGGACAUGGGGAUGGGUGGAUGUGGCUGCUCUGUUCCCCCUGCCUCGAGCAACAACCGAAGGGAGGCAACAGGAGCUUUUGCAACUGGUUUUUAUCAGCAAGAUGGCCCUGCCUGCAGACGCCAUCAAAGAGGCACGAGAAAUUGGAGCUGGAGAAGACUUAUUAAAGUGCCAGCAUGUGACGGAGCAGAUAGCCCAGUCUGUCGGCAGUCAGGCCUGGAAUUCUGAUUCCAGACUCUGCAUGGCUUUGGGAAGUCACUUCCCCUCCCUGUAGCCUUCUCGAGGGUGACAAAACCUAGUGUAUUAUCUGCUAGACCCAGGGAAACUAACAAUGUAGAUUACUGGUGAUUACCCCAAUGAUUUUGUCAAUUACACUUGUGCUACCAAAAAAAAUCUAACAUUCUGAAAAUAACAAGUCAUACCCCUGAUACUAUGAAGAGUGUCUCAUGUCGGGGACACUCGGGGACAGGUGAGAUAGUUUAGUGUAGGAUUUUAUUUCUUCAUUCCCAACCUUCCAGGGGAAAGUCCCACCUGGAGGCUUUCUUUUGAGUAGGAAGAUUUAACUUCUGCUCUGGGAGGAACAGUGGCCAGCGCAGAGUUUUCCAAACACCAGGCUGUGUGUAUUCCCCAACACGAGUGUAAAAGCAGCCAAGAGCCACCGUGGGAAAGGAAGAACAAAGCCACUCUCCUUCACCCAUCUUGGCUCUGCAGCUCAUGUGUUAUAGGAAGGAGUCAUUGAGUAUCAGAUCGGAGUAUCUUUCUCUUAAUAUUUUAUGAUUCACUGACUCAAGUUCCACGAAGUCCUUGGAAAUGGCCCUCUUAAAGAUCUCGAGCAUAAUAAAUGUGAGAGAAUAGAAGGGCAACCUUGGACCUGGAUGUAACAGGUUCCUCACCUUCCUGAGAGGAGAGUGUGCGAGGCAUUGGGAGACAUCCAGGCCACCAAGACUUGGGGUUGGAAAGAGGAACUGUAAAGCGGGUCCUGGAAUCUUUUAGUACUUUUGUUCUGGGCUUUGGUGAGCCGUCUUUGGUGUUUUUAACGCCCCCUAAGUUCCUUUCUGCCAAUAAAUAUCAUCUGUUGACGAAAUUUACGUUCAUGGUCUUGAGUCCCUGUUCGCCUCUCAAAGCCAGGUGGGACUGUUUUGGACACAUGCGAAGAAGCACUUCAUGCAGUGGCUGGUGAUCUGAUGUUACGUUUCUCCUCAAAGCAGAGCUAGUUGAGUUGCACGUGAUUUAACAAGGAAGUGCUCCCAGGAGAAACCAGUAAGGGAAUGAGUGAAACAGAAGAGAGAGGGGGAAGAAGCCAAACAAGAGGGCAACUUGUGAAGUCCCAGCUCAGCUUGGUCCCACAGGGAGCUCUGGAGCUCUGCAUCUCAGA